UCGUGACUCGUGCCGGGCAUCGCUGGCUGAUUGAUAUGGAGGAUUCGGCGGUGGCCGUGCUGAAGCGGGCGCUGGACCUGGAUUCGGCUUCGCGUUUUCAGGAGUCGCUGAUUUGCUACCAGGAAGGGAUCGAUCUCCUCCUUAGUGUGCUAAAAGCUACAAAAGAUGAGAAUAAAAAGGCUUACUACAGAAACAAAAUAUCAAGUUACAUGAACAGAGCGGAAAAAAUUAAAAAAUAUGUUAUGAAGGAAAAAGAAGAUGGGAAAUGCCACAAACAAAUAAAAAUUGAAGAGAAUAGCAAAGGAUUCAGCUAUGAAAAAUUGUUCCAAGAGUAUCUAAAUGAAACUGUUACAGAGGUUUGGGUUGAGGAUCCUUACAUUCGCCAAGCCCAUCAGUUGUACAACUUCUUAAGAUUCUGUGAAAUGCUUGCUAAAGGACCAUGCAGAAUGAAAACUAUACACCUUCUUACCUCUCAUGAAGAAGGUCAUGGAAAGAGUCAACAGAUGAGUUCCUUAGAAGAAAUACAACAGUCUCUAAGGGAUUUUGGCAUUACACUGGAUAUAUCAUACUCUUCUUCAAUACAUGAUCGAGAGAUUAGAUUCAACAAUGGAUGGAUGUUUAAAAUCGGAAGAGGCCUUGAUUAUUUUAAAAAACCACAGGGUCGUUUUUUCCUUGGAUAUUGUGACUUUGAUUUGAGACCUUGUCAUGAAACUACUGUGGACAUCUUUCACAAUAAGUACACAAAGAAAGCAUGAUUCCUUCUGAAACCACUCAUUUUCUAGAUAAAAAUCCUUGUAAGAUAUAUAUUUAAUGUGCUUUUUUAUAAAAUAAAUUUUUGUUUAAGUAAAAAGAUACGUUUAUCUCAAUAUAUCCUUAAAAGAGGCUUCAAUAGUUAAAUUUUGUUUAAAGGAAAACAAUAUUUUUAUUUCAACUGACCUCAGGUUAAAAAAUACUGAAAGAAUUAAUAAAUUAAAACAACACUACUGAAUAUAUUUCAAAAUUGCAAUGACUGGAAUCAUUGAAUAAAUAGCCGAAAUGAACUUAGAAAUAGAUACAGGUUCAUUCAAGUUACGACAGCACUGAACAAAUGGUUUCCUCAUAGUUUAGUUGUUGCAGUGUCCCCACAAUCAUGAAUGCCAUUUGGGCACUUGAUCUCCACAGUCAUGAAUGCCAUUUGGGCACUUGAUGCCCCGCUCAAGAUUAUGUUGUCUCAGGGAGCUGUGGUCAUGUGAUUGUGAUUUCCAAUGUUCCCUGCCAAUUUUCCACAAACAAAGUCAGAGGGAAAGCUGGCUUGAAGUUGUGAUUCACGUGAGCUGUUUGUUUAAUGAUCCUCAUUUAAUGGCAGCCCUGCAAAACUGCUGUCCCACUUUAUGACUGCAUCACUUAGCAAUAGCAAUUCCAGUCAGUUGCUAUCAUAAGCCAAGGACUUUUUCUACUUUUGAAUUUAGCAGUCUAAAAACAGAACUAGCUACAAUCUCUUGAAGUUAUAUCAAACUAUUAUAUAUAGCGAAAAAAAGGUACCUGCCAGAUACUUUGAACAUUAGGGUGCUGAAUGGAGAGGAUUUUGGACAGUUACACAGCAGUCACUUAACAUAUGGCGUGCUGAUGUACUUUCAACAAUAGAGUCCACCUGCUUUUGGGGGGGGGGGCAAGCUACAAAAACCAUGCCACUACCAUACACAUAUCUAUCCAGUCAGCAUGGAUGAAAAUUACACCAUGGCCCGUCAGCUGAGCCAUGUAUUCCUCUGAACUUUCAAAAUAUUGUACAUGCUUGCAAUUUACAGCUCAUAUUCCACCUAUGGGUUUUUUUUAAAGAACCUUUCUAGUCUUGAUGUACCAUUCCUAAGACCUGCUUUGAAACAUGCCAAUUCUUGUAAUUAGUUUUUUCUCUCUCUUCAGAAUCUACCCCAGUUUUUACUCCAAUAAAAUUAUUAUACAAUACUGAUAACUCUGGAAUCAAAUAAAUGAUCAAAUCUAAACAUCUGAUCCAGUAUGUCAGGGAAAUUUGCAUUUCUUGAAAUCUUUUUUAAUAAUAUUGUAUAUUUAAAUUUGUAAUUUGUAUACCUUUUAGUUUUUUUAAUUUUUAUGUCAAUAAAUUUGGAUUAAUCAAAAGAAUAUAAAACUUUUGAAAUAAAGGCUUGUUUUUUUAAAAAAUGUACUUUUCACCCCAAUACAGAUCUUCUGUUCUUACUAGAAUGGUGAAGUAAGAACUGGUGAAAAGUAAUUUAAAGGAAAAGAAGCCAAAUAACCUUUCAUAAGGUUGCUAAUAUGUUAUUAGAUUUAUUUGCCACCUAUUUCACCUUGAGGCAACUCUUAUCCAGCACAAAAGACAUCUUUUAAAUUUUGUUGAUUAUAAGAGGAGUAAUGUUUCAACAUCAGCUCAAAUGUGGCAUAAGUUGGGUGUUUGGACCAGUAAUAUAUUGAAUUUGAAAACGAUUAUUAGUUAUAGCUUUCCAUCCACAUUUCCCCCAUCCAACAGUGUAUUAUUAUUAUCAUAAUUGCAUUCUUGGUUGCAACUCUAUUGUAAGUUACUUCAAGUUCCAUUAAACUCUGGAGUUCACAUUU